AUGCCUAUAACAAAAGGAGUUGGCGCUGGAUCAUCUACUAGUGAAUAUAUUUGUCGAGACUUGGGGGAAUUUAAGAAAUUAAUUGACAGACUUAGAGCAGAAGAAGACAGAAUAAUAUUCAAACUUAAUUGUGAAUUGCCAACUCGGUCAUUCUCUCGUCAAUUGGAUAAGAGAAAAAUUUGUGAGAAUGUUCACAAACAGUUGCUAGAAACAAGAAAAAGACGCGAGGAUUUGCUUCAACGAUGUAUAAAUGAAAAUAGAGAAACACUUCUGAGGUAUCGCAAUGCUAAUAAGCAGGAAGAGGAAGGUGCCAAAACUAUUACCUCAAAAGAAGAAAUGUCAGCAUAUGCAAAUCUCCGUUUGCUCAGGGAGGAAGCAUCUGUUGAGGAAAUUGUGCGUGUUCAGGCUGAUAAAGCUUUGACUGACAGAUGCCGAAAAGAAUUGUUACUUCCAUAA